AUGACGCACAUGCUCAAGCCAGCGGAUAACUGCGAGCACUGCAAUGCAAAGAAGUUUGAGUCCGAGCCACCUGGAUUCUGUUGUCAUAGUGGAAAGAUUCAUCUUUCCACCCAUGAGACACCACUGGAACUCAUGAGAUUGUGGUCGAGCUCGGACGCUGAUGCUAGGCAUUUCCAUGCAAACAUCAGAUAUUUCAAUGGCCACUUCUCUUUCACUUCUAUGUACUGUAAGCUUGAUCGUGUGACCACCGAUGUGAGAAACUGUGCAAUUUACACAUUCCGUGCCCAUGGUCAAAUCUACCAUAACAUAAGAUCAUUUGGUAAAGAGGAUGGUCACGAACCUAGUCACCUCGAGCUUUAUUUUUACGACGACGAUCCGUCUCUUGAGCAUAGGCUCCGCAAGUGCCGUGAGAAGUCUGCCCAAGAAGACAGGGAAGUCAUCCAGAGGCUAAAGGACAUCUUACAUGGCAUUAAUCCCUACUCAGAGAAUCUUAGGAGUAUGGGUCAGGUUGACAACCUUGAGGAUUACCAUGUUGAGUUGAACCUUGACCAACGGCUAGACCAGAGAACAUAUAACGUGCCAUUAACGUCAGAGGUUGCUGCCGUUUGGAUUGAGGGGAGCGAGCGUCGGGGCCAGUUUGAUAAUAGUGUUGUCCUCCAAGGGAAGGAUAGGUCGAUCCAUGGCAUCCGGUCCUACCAUGGGUGCUACGAUGCUCUCUCAUACCCGCUAUUCUUUCCGAGAGGUGAGCUUGGGUGGCACAACUGCAUUCCAAAAGUUGGUGUGACUAUGGCUGAAGUUAAUAAAGCUCGAGCGAUUCGCAAGGCGCGUGCUGAUGGUGGUGGUGACGAUGAUGCUGGGUCUGCUGGAAAUAAAUGUGUCUCCGUACGUGAUUACUAUUGCUACAAAUUCCAGAUGCGGCCUGGGAUUUUUAAUCCUAUACUAUACGGCAAGCAUCUAUUCCAGCAUUUUGCCGUCGACACCUACGUUAAGAUCGAAAGCUUGUGUCUAGACUACAUCCGCAACAAUCAGGACAUUCUUAGGGCUAACCUAUACCAAGGUUUGGUUGACAGCUGGCGUACGGGGGUGGAAGACGCUGAUGAGGUUGGUAAACGUACUGUGCUAUCGCCGACUUUCAUCGGAGGGCCCCGUAAUAUGAGGCGUCGGUACAUGGAUGCGAUGGCUCUGGUAUGA